UUUUAGUCGAAAAAAAUCUUUGAACGCAACGUACACGAUUCGCUUGUGUCGACGGUAGGGGCGGAUAAGUGUUGCGCGAGUUGAAUGGUUUUUUCGCCAAUAGAAAAUUCAAUUUUCCAACUGUGUUCUGUAACCGUUUCAAUAUAUUUUAAGAGUUUUAACAAAUCGACGCAAUUUCCAAAUAAAGAAAUGCAGUUUAAGUGAUAUAUGAGUGGUGAAAGAGCACGCAAUAGUCACGCGUGUGUGUGUGUUGAAGGCAAACCGUAUACGAAUACACGAAGCAGAGUCAAAACGAAGCACAGUGCGAAAGGCAUUUAACAAAAAAAAAAAAAAUAAUAAUAAUAAUAAAUAAAAAUAAAUAUAGCACCUGAAAAGUUUUAACAAAAAAUUGAAACAAAAGCAUGAGACGAAGCAAUUUCAAAUUAUACAUAAAGUGUAAAAUUCGAUAAGGUGCAUUUUAAAAAUGCCCAAAAAGUGAAAAUUCAACAACGCGAAUGCAACAGUAGCGCACAAAUACACACACAUACACACAACACGUACAGAAGCAAGCAGAGAGACGCAUGCAUAUGAACUUGUAUUGAACACAGUGUGGCCAAGCAGCAAGUAGAACCCGAGUACAUAUUGAGAAGCACACGCACGUACGCACACACAGCCCCACAGACAGACGACAGACCUAUAGUUUCUGUGCUCUCUUGCAUUUUUGCUUUUGUUUUGUUUGGGUUUUUGUCAUACGCGCCAUUCCGUUUAUGUUAUUGUUGUGUGCGUUGAGUCGCGCGCGUUGGGCAAGGACGACAACGACGCCAUCUAUUGGAGCAAAGCGGCGCCAGCUAGUCAUUUGACAGCCUUCUCCGUACACUGAUUAAUUGUCAACAGUGUGGGGCAGACAGGCGCAGGAGCGAGACGGUGGCUGGACGAACGUUCUAACAGCUGUUAAGCUGACGGUAACGGAACGGGACGGCUAGACCAUGGAUACAUUUCGCAAGUGGCUAAACAAACCAAAGGCUGAUGACAAAUCCUUGCUGGCACGCUUCUACCAUGCCGAUCGUUCGUUGACCGCCGUGGCUAGUGAGCUGGACAGCUUCGAUGGACGCGCCGAGCCUGAUCGUUGUACGCGUCUGGUUAGCAGACUGCGACAGAAUCAGGACAAAGUGCUGGCCAUAACAAAUUUGAUUAUGGAGGAGCUGCUGGGCGACGAGCGGGAUCCGCGCGCCUUUCGCGCCAAAUUCCCAGAGGAAGUGCUGCAGGAUAACCUGGCCGGGCAACUGUGGUUCGGUGCCGAGUGCCUGGCCGCCGGAUCGUCCAUAUUGAACCGGGAAUCCGAAAGCAAGGAGAUGCGUCCGCUGGCGCAAGCCGUCACCAAGAGUCUGGGCAAUGUGCGCGUGCUGCUGCGUGAUCAAUGCCUGCGCAACAAUGUGCCCAACAGCAAGACUUUGCACCUGGACUUCAACGACUCAACCACCGAGCAGCUGUACGAGAGCCUGAAGAUCUUCGAUCAUCUGUUUGCCGAGUUCGAGCUGAGCUACGUGAGCGCCAUGGUGCCCGUUAAAUCUCGCCACGAAUACGAAAUGCAGCAAUGGAUCGGUGUGCUCUUCUCGGAGACGCUGCAGCGUGCCCUCAAGAUCGGGCUGCUCGAACAGGAAAUGGUGGAUGCGUUCGAUCCGGGCCUCAUGUUCUCCAUACCCCGACUGGCAAUCGUCGCUGGGCUGGUUGUCUUUACCAAGGGGCCGCUUAAUAUGGAUAUGCCGGGCGAUGAGCUCUCCGAGAUGUUUCGUCCGUUUCGCACAAUACUUAUUAAGAUCCGGGAUCUGCUGCGCAACCUGAGCAAACAGGAGCUGCAUCAGCUGGAGAAGUUGCUCUGCACGAAUGAGGAGAUCAAUACGAACCAGGUGCCCCUGGGCUCCAGCAGCAUUGAGGCGCCCAGUCCUGAGCAUAACAACACCCCCAGCAGCACCAGCAACAACAAUAAUAAUAAUAAUAACAGUUCCAGCAGCAGCAGCAGCAGCAGCAGUGAGAGCGGCAGCAACACAGCGAAAACCAGCACAAGUAGCACGCACAAAGCCGUGGAACGCCUGGUGGAUCAUCGCAACAACAACAAUAGCAGCAACAGUAGCACAGUAGCAGGUGCGGCCCAACCGUCAACUGCGCGUUCUCCGUCCACGUUAUCGCUGUCAGCGGGCAGCACACCCACAGCCUCACCAGCGCCUUCGCCCACGCCCUCACGCUCCAUAGCAUCCACUUCGUCGGCGGCAACAACGUCCACCAAUCCGCCAGCGAAUUGGAGCGAUUAUGACGAGGACGAUGAGGACCUGGAGGAGGAGGUGGGCAUGCUGGACAGCGAUGAGGACGACUUGAAUGAUGAUAGCGAUGAUGACAUCGAGGUGGACGAGUAUAUUGAGGCGCAACUGAAGGCGAUUGUGGCAGCUGCCGACUGUGCCUCUGGCUACCUGAUACCCAACACAAAUCUGGGCAAUCUGUUCAGGGCGCAGCAGCUGCCACUCACGGACAACAUCGUGGCCAGCGAAGACGACGAGUUUGGCAGCAAUGCGGCAAUGGAACGUCAGCAGCAGCAGCAGCAGCAGCAGCAUAUGGACGAGCUGCAGUCUGGGGACCAACAGCAGCAGCAGCAUCAGCUGCAGGAUGAGCCGAGUACGAGUGCUGCCAUGUUGGCGGCUCAGCGCACAUUGCAGCGUCUCCAUUUGCCCAGCAGCAGCAGCGAGAACGAGCAGGCGCCCAGCAGCAAUCAGCAGACGACAAUCAAGACGCCAAAUGGCAAUCAGUCAAUGCCCAACAGCAGCAGCAGCAGCAGCAGCAACCACAACAAUAAUCGUCAUCGGCACAGUCACAGUCACAGCAGUCACCAUCAUCAUCAUCAUCACCGCCACCAUCAUCAUACCCAUUCCCAUCAUCAGCAGCAACAGGAGCAGCGACUUCAGUCAGCUGAUCAUCACCAUCAUCAUCAUCAUCAUCAUCAGUCGCAUCCACAUCGCAUAAAUCGCAGCGCACGCACACGUUGCAGCCAGGAGCACUGGGAGCCGACAGCUAAUAAUGCGGAGCAGCCAGCACCAGAGCAGACCCCGGGCAGCGCCGAUACCAGCAAUGCCUCAUCCUUCUCCGACGAGGUGUCGCUGGCCAUGCGCAGCACGACAGCGCGUUUGAAGUUCAAAAGCACGGAGAAUCUGCUGCAUCGUCUGUUUGUCUGUAUUGCUGGCGUCGCCGAUCAGCUGCAGACGAACUUUGCCUCUGAUCUGCGCCAGAUAUUGCGCAGUGUGUUCCUUAUAAACAUGUCGUCGUCCCAGGACGAGGACAUUGAUAUACCCGAAAAGACAAAAGAAUCGGAGCUAUUCGAGUUUCGUGCCUCUGAAAAUGAUGUGAUACAGGAAAGCGCCGGCUCCAAUCAAAGCAUUUACUCAGCCGAGGAGGUCAAUCCGGAGCUGGACAAUGUGUUCAACAACACCAACACAGCUGUCCGCCACUCAGCGGGCGCGACGAUGCAGCGCAACAAUACGAUAGAUUUGGCCAGUGGCAAUAACAACGGCAACACAAAUGCCGCGACACGCAACCAUGUGGCACGCAGUCGCAGCUUGGGUGACCAGGAGGCAGCCGGCAGCGGACCGAUACAGGAUGAACAGCGACAGCAGCAGCAGCAACAACAGCAGCAACUGCAGCAGCAGCUGCAAAUGCAGCGACAACGCAAUAAUUCCGUCGGCAGCAAUUCACCCUCUAGCGCCUCCUCCUCUAGUUCCAGCUCGGAGCACAAUUCGCCUAUUAGCACGCGCAGUGGCAGCCGAAGGCGGCUGCAUAGCAAUUCGUCCAUUGGCACCACGUCGACAAUAACACCAAGCACAGCAGCUGCAACAGCAACCACCUUGUCGCCGCCUGCCUGGAUACCCGAUGGCAAGGCGCCACGCUGCAUGUCCUGCCAGACGCCAUUCACGGCCUUUCGGCGGCGUCAUCAUUGCCGCAACUGCGGCGGCGUCUUCUGCGGCGUCUGCUCCAAUGCAUCCGCCCCGCUGCCCAAGUACGGUCUGACCAAAGCUGUGCGCGUCUGCCGCGAAUGCUAUGUGCGCGAGGUGCGCUCCUCGCGGCAGGCGCCGGCGCAGCCAUCGCAGGCGCACGGCCAGGCGAGCAGGCCGCAGGCAGCGAGCGCAUCUUAGGAGUGGCCACUGGCGCCACCAACGCCGAGACCAAAAAUGUGCCCCACACCAAAAUUGGAGCCCGACCAAUGGAAGGAAAAGCAAAACUGUGAAACGCAAUCGUUGUCAAAAUUGUUUUCGUUUUUUAUACUUUAUAUACACGCGCAACAUAUAUCCAAUUCCCAGAUAUAAGAAGAGAAAUGAAUCAGAUAUGCACAUAUAUAACUAUACACAGUGGUGUGUACAAUUUAUAUAUGUAUGAAUAGAAAUGAACCGAUAAAUUUAUUAUUUUAAACAAAUUGACCAAUCGAGCGUCGUUAUCCAAACUGUACAAUAAAGCUUCGAUCUAUGUAUUAUACGCAACUAUCCAUGUAACUAUAUAUGUAUGUAUACAUAUAUACUAUAUACUAAUUGUAAACAAAUGCUUUCAGCUCAUAUCAUAUAUAUCAAUGCAACAUAUAACACACACAAACACACACAUAUAUAUAAAUGUAUGUCAAUGUCAGCUAAUGGCCUGCAUUUCAAAUAGAUCUAUUUCGGUUUUGGGACUGCGCUUAAUUGAAAUCGUUCUGUCACGUUUAAGAUCUAGAUUCUAGAUUAUAAAAUGUAUAUAUAUUUUUGUAGUAUGUGCAGCAAACUGAGCAGAAAAAUAGACAUAAAUUCUAGCGAAAAUUUGCAAAAAAAAAAAAAUGAAAACAUUAUUGUGAUUUAUUGUUAUUUAUAUGCCCUGAUGUUUCAGCUCUAUGCAAUUUAAUCAAAUCUAAUACGAAAAAAAAAACCUUGACUUUAUAUGCAGGGCCUAUGAAUCCCCAUAGUCGGUAUAUAUCGGCUAUUGUGUUCUUACAUUGUACGAAAUCCAUUUUAUGUUAAACAAGUCUUUAAGCUAGCGAAAAAAUUCAGUUGAACCCUUAUAAAAA